UGUCAGUCAUUCUCAUUGCAUUCUCAUUCAUUCUGUCAUUCAGUGUCGUCUGAAUUUCAGUCAUUAGUCAUUACAGGUUAAGGCUUAGGUACCAAAUUGCACAAUGACUACGAGUCAAUUAUUUUCCAGCGAAUUAGUUGGAGAAAAAGCACUACUGAUUUGGCAAGACGGUGAAGGUAAUCUGGAGGAGAUUAUUGACAAUAUAAAGAAAAAUCACGUUAAAGUUGGAAAUGUUCAGCUAGAAAAUAUUGAUAGAUUGACACUAGCAAACUAUAGCGAUUCAACGUUUGACAUAGUCUUGUCUAAUGUGGGAAAGCCGUACACAUACAUCCAUUCGAUUCAGAUACUUGGGGAGGUUCUCAGACUGUUGAAACCUUCUGGCUCUUUUGUUUUUCGUACUGUUGUACAAAAGGGGCACAGGACAGAAACUGAAAUCUUGUCUUCAUUAAAAGUUUGUGGCUGGAUCGAAACAAAGUUGUUAGAUGUUGAUUUGACAGGCGAGGAAAAGUCAGAAAUAACAUCUUCCUUGAAGGGUUCUGAACCAUUCAAAGUGGUUGAAGUUGUGAGCAAAAAACCUAAAUAUGAGGUUGGAGCUUCAAGCCAGUUAUCAUUCAAGAAGGCAGUGCCAACAUCAGUAGCUGCGGUCUGGAAACUGGAGGACACUGUGGAAGAUGACCUCAUCGAUGACGACCAACUCUUGGACGAGGAAGAUCUGAAGAAACCAGACCCUGCAUCUCUUAAAGUAUGUGGAACGACAGGUAAGAGGAAGGCUUGUAAGAACUGUUCCUGUGGGUUAGCAGACGAAUUGGCAUCUGAAGGGGAAAAGAAAGAACCAGCUGAGACCAAGACAUCAUCAUGUGGCAAUUGCUACUUGGGCGAUGCGUUCAGAUGUUCCUCGUGCCCUUACCUCGGCAUGCCAGCAUUCAAACCCGGGGAGAAGAUCCAACUGUCCGACAACCAGAUGAAAGCCGAUGCUUAGGCUGUCUUGGUUUGGGUUAGGCCUAUAUAUUGUUUUUCAGUUGUUAAUACAAUUUAUUACUAUAAUUAGGCCUAGUUGUAAAAUAAUAAGCGAUUUAGUGAUAAUAAAUCUUAAUCUAUAAUGAAAAAAUAGACAAAUUCAAUAAAUAUCUGAUACUUUA